AUGUCAGAGUUUCUAUAUCCUUCUGAUAAAGAUUUAUAUUCACUUUUAUCUCUUACCUCAGAAGCUACCCCAGUUGAUAUAAAAAAAGCUUAUCAUCGCCUAGCUCUUCAGUAUCAUCCUGAUAAACACACUAAUUCUACACCUGAGCAACGCGAAGAAGCAACCCGAAAGUUUCAGAGCUUAGGAUAUGCUUAUGCUGUACUUAGCGACCCUAAGAAACGUGAACGUUAUGAUAAGACCGGUGAUGUUGAGGGUUUCGAAGGCUUUGAUGAUAUGGGAAAGGAAGGUUGGGACGCUUUCUUUAAGGAACUGUGGUCUGGCGUAGUGAACUCAAAAUCUAUAGAAGAGUUUCGUGUUGAGUAUCAAGGUUCUUCUGAAGAACGUUCUGACCUCAUUGAUGCUUACAAAAAAUAUAAGGGUGAUAUGGACCUCAUUAUGCAACAUAUCGCAUGUGGUAGCAUUGAAGAUGAACCACGUUUCAUUGAAAUACUUCAAGGUGCUAUCUCUUCAAAAGAAAUUCCUUCAUACAAAAAAUUCGCUUCUUCCACUGCCUCGGCCGCAAGAACGAAGCGUCGAAAAGAAGCCGAACGUGAAGCAAAAGAAGCUGAAGAAAUGGCUAAAAUGUAUGGCUUGGACCAGAAAUUGCUGAAAAAUAACGAUGAAGAACAACUAAGACAGCUUAUACUUGCAAGAGGUGAGAAACGAAUGAAUGCAUUGGUGGAAAGUCUGGAAGCUAAAUAUGGAGGAAGUAAACCGAAAAAACAAAAAUCGACCAAGGAAAAACAAAAGACCUCUAAAAAACAAAAGGAGAUAUGUAUAUCAGAACAUCAAUAA